AUGAGUAACCCGACGACGUACACGCCUCUCGAGUCGCUCUUCCUUUUCCAGUCGCUGCUCAACUUUGGCAUCGACGCGGCCGCCUUUACACGCAUCUCGGAGACGCUCAAGAACAAUGCGCUGAUCAAGGGCGGGGAGACGUAUGAUCCCUCGAGGUUGAGCCCCAACGCGCUUCAGCAGCUGUUCUUGCUGCUGCUCCGCGAUGAACUCAAGAGCGACGCCGAGAGGGCCGAGGCGGCGCAGGCGGGAGCUUCACCGUCUAAGAAGCGCAAAAUCACUUCCCCGUCCAUACCCACGCUGACAGAGGCCCUCAAUCAUGUCAGCAAAGUACCGGCCUUGGUGGAGCGCUUGUAUGGUCGCUACCGCGAGCAUAUUGUGAGACAGAUUAGAGAGGAUGAGCGCAAGUUCGCCACGGUACAAAAGGAGAUACAGCUGCUGGAAAAGAGCGAAAAGGAACGACUGGCUAGGUCAGCAUCCCAGAGCGUCCCAGCCCAUCGCCAGGGCCGACAGCAGGUGCUGUACCUGGUAUCAAGCGAGGCGCCGUGGUUCCAACUCCAAAGAUUCCUGGAUCUGGUGCACCUUCACCAACGUCACCUGCUGGUCCGCCACCGCAGCCGCAGCAGCAACCUCUUCAACCAUCGCGACCAGAUCAGACAAUACAACCUGGCAGGCCCGGUGCGGGCCCUGGUGCGGGCCCUGGUGGUUCAAAGCCAUACCCAGGAGCUCAAGCAGGCAUCUCACAACCUGGGGCACCCCAAAACCCCGCCGCCCAGGCUCAGUUGCAACAAGCGCAAGCGGCGGCGCACGGCCAGCAACGUCCCAUCCCAAAUCCUCCAAGUCUCAGCCAUGCCCAGCAACUACCCCCGCAAGGCGUUCCUCCGCAACAUCCCCAACACCGUCCGAUUGCAGCAAAUCCAAGCCAUAUUACCGGACGUCCUAUACAACCACAUCCUCAAAACUUUCGACCUUUGGCAUCCGCAUCACCUCAUCCAACCCCAGCAACUCAGAAUGUUCCGCCGAAGCUGGCCCCGGCACAGCCAGCCCCUGGCCAGCAGCAACCUCUUUCUAGAACGCACUCCCCUGCGCAACCGGACAGGUCGCCAUAUGGCCCCCCCAAACCGGCCAUCCCUGAGCAUAUGA